UCUCAGCAAUUAGCCCUGAGAGGGAAGAAUCGGCUGGCUCCUGGAGGUAGACCAGAGCACACAGAACUUCCCCACACCUUCAGAUCGGCACCUUGCUGGCCAGGAGCCUCCUCCAGCUAGCCUUCCUUCCCGGUCCGCUAUGGCCGCUUCCAAUAGCAGUGCGGGCAUCCGGUGGUCCAGACAGGAGACACGGACGCUUCUCUCCAUACUAGGCGAGGCAGAAUAUAUUCAGCGCCUCCAGACCGUGCAUCACAAUGCAGACGUCUACCAGGCCGUGUCUAAGCGGAUGCAGCAGGAAGGCUUCCGCCGCACCGAGCGUCAGUGCCGCUCCAAGUUCAAAGUCCUGAAGGCGUUGUAUUUAAAGGCCUAUGUGGCCCAUGCCACAAGUAUGGCUGAUCCACCACACUGUCCCUUUUAUGAUACGUUGGAUCAGCUUCUCCGAAAUCAGAUAGUGACUGACACAGACAACUUAAUGGAGGAUGCUGCUUGGGCCAAGCACUGUGAUCAGAACUUAGCAGCCCCUGACACCCCAGGGGAAGAGGGAAGCAGGAUUCUGGGAGCCAAAAGGACUCAGGCAGCAGAUCAUCAGCCUGUCUUGAAAACAGUUAAGGAAUCAGAUGAGGAUUGUCAACUGAGGAUCAGUGACCAGAUGCGAGAAACCAGUGACCUCGAGGACUCCUGGGAUGAAUCCUCGGGUGCAGGGUGCUCUCAAGGGACCCCCAGCUACAGCAGCUCCCACCACCUUUUCAGAGGUGCAGCUGCUCCCUGUCAGAGCAGCCCCCUGACCAGACUGGGUGUGUCCGGUGAGCCCAGCCCCUGCACCAGCUCCAGGCGAAACUCUCCCGGGGUGGCCUCGGCACAGCGGCCUCCAGUCUCUUCCUCCAGAGUUCCUUUUGUUUCUGGUGGGGAUGGGCCUUUGACCAGUGAACCUCCUCCCCGGUGGGCGAGGCGAAGAAGGCGGUCAGUGGCCAGGACUAUCGCAGCUGAGUUGGCAGAAAACAGGAGGUUGGCACGAGAACUUUCAAAGCGGGAGGAGGAAAAAUUGGAUCGGCUGAUUGCCAUUGGUGAGGAGGCCAGUGCUCAGCAGGACACUGCCAACGAGCUACGCAGGGAUGCCGUGGCCGCAGUCAGACGCUUGGCCACAGCGGUGGAAGAGGCAACUGGUGCUUUUCAGCUAGGGCUGGAAAAGUUGCUUCAGAGGUUAAUUACAAACACCAAAAGUUAGGAACUGAUCACACAAGGGUGUAUUUCCUACUCUGUCAGAGGCCCAGGUCCAACAGCUGCCUUCUGGUACCCUGGCUCCUUUCCCACACGUCUCCGCUAGUUGAAAGACCUUUCAGAAACAUGAGAGGUGGCCUAGUAGACAACAGAUGCAGCCAAGUCCAGAGAGCUAGUUAUUAGCCCUGGCUUCAUCACUGAAGUGAGACAGUUUAGUUUACCCCUCUACGCCAGUUUCCUCAGCUGUUACAAGGGGGCAACCUGCCUACCUCACAGGGUUGUUGUGAGGAUCAGAAGACUUAAAUAGAUGUGAAAGGGUUUAAAAGUUUGAAAGCACUAUACACAUGUAAGUUAUUAAAGCAUAUGACCUUGGCUGAGGUCAGGCUGGGGUGAGGCACAGCCUAGAAUUAGGGUUGUAUACCAUGACCUCAUUGCUUGAAUCUUUACUAGUUUAACUUGACCGUUUCCUGGAGUUUACAGUCCUCACUUCUUUAAAUUCCUCUAUAGCUUAUUAGGCUAAUAUGAACACAACACGUAUUGGUACCUUUAUCUCUUCUAGUUUCAUUGCUGUGUCUGUGACAUAGCCACUAGCAAACACUCAAUAGGCAAACCAUCUUUCCCUCCAUUUUACUAGUCCUUAGUCUCUUAUCACUAUGGAUACAGUUCAGAACUGACCAGGAGCCACAAUCAUGGGUUCAUAUUGAUAAUCUUUGAUAUGAGAAAUUGGCUGUCUUAUAAAAUAUUACAUGUAAGUAAAUUCUUUGCAUUCCACAUUUUUUAGGUUCCUUUAUGUGCAUAAUUAUAUAUCUUUAGGUUUGGUUUGCCAUUUGGGCAUCGUAGAAACAAUUUGGAUUAAAUCAGUUUCCCAGAUGCUUUUACCUAAUUUUGUUCUUCUCUAUUAGCCUUUUUUCUGUCUAGUAUGUUACAGAAGGCAAGCCCUAGAAAACUUUUCUUCUAGGGAACUUUCCAUGGCCACUUUUUCUCAUAAAAUAUAGACAAAAGUUCACCUCUUUAAUGGCAUAUGGUGGAAUAGAACAGCUUUGGGAACAGUUGGGUGGUGUGGAUAAGGACAACCUGCAAUAGAUAACUCUGUUUAAGCGCCAGCCCUCCACAAAUGCAUCCCCUUUUCCCUCCAAAACACACACACUUCCUAGAGGAGAUAUGGUGGUGCUGAGCCAUACUUCCAAUUUACUCUAGAAGAGAAGCCAUUACUGGCCAUCAUUAACCUAACUUACAGCUCUUAGUGGUUGUACGUUUGUACUUUCAGAAAGUGCAAAAAGGAGACUUGGAAUUUAAAAAGCUUUCGACUAAUCUAGAGGCUGAAAAAAAAGUGCAGGUCUGUUGGGAGAGGUUUUGUCUUAUAUUUCGCCAGCUUGGUUUCUUAUCUAAAUGCUGGAAAUACCAAUAGGUGGAGAAAUGGUCCAAACCACAUACGUGUAACCAGGAGUAGAUGGCAAGCAGGCAAAGCUGCUCUGGUGAAUCGAUGGUUGUACAGGGGGCAGCAUGAAGCAGAACACACUGGAAUCUAGUUAGAACCCCUAGAUUCUAACACUGCCGCACUCCGUUGUAUUGAGCAAAUCACUUGCCCUUUUUGUGCCUCAGUUUCUUAUCUCUAAAAUGAGAAGUUUGUAUUAGAUGACUCUUCUUGUACCUUCCAGCUCUAAAAAAUAGAUGCAUAACACAACAAAGGCAAAAUGAAAUUCUGAUUGCAAUAUUUUCAGUCACAGCAGCAUAUUAAUGUAUGUGAAAUACUGGUAACAAUUGUGUUUUAAGGAAGCAUUCUGUGGUAUUAAUAUUUAUAAACAUACUUGUGAACUUCUAUAAGCACCACACCCAGGCACAGAUUUCUUGCUUUAAAGGAGCAUAUAUUUAAGGCACGGAAAUGGAGAUAUAAUUUUUUUUCCUCAGUUGUUUUAGGCCCUUACACAGAGGGAUCUGUGUCAGUUAUGACUGGAUAACACUACUAUAGAUAGGUAGACUUUCUGAAAAAACAGGGAAGUACUUGAAAGAGUUAGGCCUAUACUAUAUUAAUCUAUUAAUGGUAGCAAAGUACACAGGCAGGGAUUUAUUUGAGAUAAGUGUUAAAGAACAGAAGUCGAGGUGAAGUUUGGAGGUAGUAGUGUGCAGAUCUAAAGAGUGGAGUAACUUUAAGGUUGGAAAUAAAACGAAAUGGAAAAAUCUUAAAGAGGUAAACAGGAAAAUUAAAAAAAAGAGGCCAAAUCUUGUGAAGAGGAGGGAAGUUGUAAUAAGGGGAGGCUAUAGGAAAACAGGCUCAGAAAUCCUGCCUGAGCUGUAGGCCCAGCCGUGACUCCCUGUUGGUCUGCAGGCAGGUCACUUCGCUGUUCUGUACCUCAGGCCCCUCACCUGUGCAGUGGGAGGCUAUCCCAGCUACCUCACAGGAGCCGUGUGAGGGCCCAGUGGACAGAUGAAUGUAAAGAGGCUUCCAGACAUGGCGGGCUCUGUACUGGGACGGGGGUGGGAAGAAGCCCAGUAGCACGUGAGUGCUGGUGAGUGUGGGGCAAGGGCCAGCCAACUGCAAGGGGCGCCUCAGGAGGGAGGAGGAGGAGGAUGAAGGCCAUGGUACCACGGUAGGAGUGAUGCUCUGCCUCCUGAAGCCCUCGACGUAAAUGGUGCUGUGUAUGCCAACCUCCCACCACCCUGUGUCUCUCUGUUAAGCAAUUUAAUCCUAGUGUGGACAAAUAAAGUUGUUAUCUGUACAUAGCCUUGGGUCAGUCCACUACUUUCUGGCGCUACCGUGAUCAUUUGUUGUCACCUCUGGUCUCUGCUUUCUGCUUCUCUGCUGGCUAACCUCUAGGGUCUGGCCUCUCUGUGGCCCUCACAGCUGCCUGUGCUUCUUUCCUCACCUGAGUGAGGCCCUCUUUGCAUGGCAGUUGAGAAAGAAUUUUCCAUUUCUAAGAGUUCUAUAAAUUCCAUUAAAGUAAUCCUUUUCUGGAAAAUUAUCUCGUCUGAGUGAUAGAUAACAUAAUAGAAAUUAUCCUGGUUGACUUAAAUUCUGCUCUAAAGGAAACAGAACCACUAAGUGUCAUGCCAAAAUUACAGUA